GCCGUCACUUCCCGUAUGUCGCGAGACGCUUCCGGCGGGGCCGCCCCGCCCGUUCCGGCGACGGCACUUCCGGGAGCGGGGCCGUCCCGCCGCCAUCUUGGGCGGGCUCCGGGGCUGCGGCGGCGGCGGCGGCGGAGCGGGUCCCUCCAUGGGAAGAUGCAGCGGGCGGGGCCGGAGGAGGCGGCGAGGACGCAGGCGGCGGCGGGGGGACCCGGGCGGAGCGGGGCCGAGGUGGCGGCGGCCCCCGCCGGGCGGCUCCUGAGGCGGGAGCUGCGGCUGCUCGAGUCCAUCUUCCACCGCGGCCACGAGCGGUUCCGCAUUGGCAGCGCCUGCCCGGACGAGAUCAGCUGCGAGUUCGUCCCGGGGGCCGGGGCCCGCGCCGGCGCCUCUGCCUCCCGGGGGCCGCCGCCGGGACCCGUCCGCAUUCACUGCAACAUCACGCUUUUGCAGCACCUGAAGCGAAUAAUCUCUGACCUGUGCAAACUCUACAACCUCCCCCAACAUCCAGAUGUUGAAAUGCUGGACCAGCCUCUGCCAGCAGAACAGAGCACCCAGGAAGAGGUGUCCUCUGAAGAGGAAGAUGAAGAAAUGCCAGAGGACACUGAGGACUUGGACCACUAUGAGAUGAAAGAGGAGGAGCCGGCAGAUGGGAGAAAGACAGAGGAUGAAGGCAUUGGGAAAGAAAACCUGGCCAUUUUAGAGAAAAUAAAAAAGAACCAGAGGCAAGAUUACUUAAAUGGUGCAGUGUCUGGGUCUGUGCAGGCCACUGACCGGCUGAUGAAGGAGCUCAGGGAUAUUUACCGAUCACCAAGUUUCAAGGGCGGAUACUAUGCAGUUGAACUAGUGAAUGACAGCCUGUACGAUUGGAACGUCAAACUCCUGAAGGUUGACGAGGACAGCGCUUUGCACAACGAUCUUCAAAUCCUCAAAGAGAAAGAAGGAACAGAUUUCAUCCUCCUCAACUUCUCUUUUAAAGAUAACUUUCCUUUUGAUCCACCAUUUGUAAGGGUUGUAUCCCCAGUGCUUUCAGGGGGGUAUGUUUUGGGUGGUGGUGCCAUCUGCAUGGAGCUGCUUACGAAACAGGGCUGGAGUAGUGCCUACUCCAUCGAGUCUGUGAUCAUGCAGAUCAGUGCAACGCUGGUGAAAGGGAAGGCACGAGUACAAUUUGGAGCCAACAAGAACCAGUACAGCCUGACAAGAGCACAGCAGUCCUACAAGUCCCUGGUUCAGAUCCAUGAGAAGAAUGGCUGGUAUACACCACCCAAGGAGGAUGGCUAGUGUGGAUGCUGCAGGACCAAUCUGAAUAUCUUCUGGAUGCUCUACUUGGAUCUUAGUGAUGCCUCUUGGCUUUCUCCCAGGAUGUAAUAGCUCUGCCUGUUGCAGGACAAUACUGGCUGUUCAAAACUCUAAAUAACUGUUUAAGGAGUUGGACUGACCCAGAACACUUGCUGGGCCCAUGCUAGCAGGCAUUCUUGUUAAAACAAACUCUUGAGCCUCUUGUAUUGCUGGAAACUUUUGACUCUACUCCAGUUUAGAGCAUCCUCCUUACCUAUGCUAUGGAUUUAAUUUAUUUUCUUAUUUCAUGUACACUGCUUUUUUUUGUUACGGUGUAUGAUGGAUGUGUAUGGAAAAUGUAUCUUUGGAGAAAAAUUACAGUUUGUUAAUUUGAGAA